UUCAGUUUUCCAAUCGUUUUUGUACUUAAAAAAUCCGUAUUUUUUUAUUAAUAAAUCAGUGCAAACAAAAAGAAAGUAUCCGCAUACGAUGGGUAAAUCGAAAGCGCACCGAAUAAAGGGUCUAUCCGGUCCUAAAGUGCCACUCGGCGAUCAAAUCAACGAGGGCCGGGUUUCGAAAAAACCGAAAGCAAACAAGGUGCGUCUGCGGGCGGAGGAAGAGGAGUUCGUCGAUUCCCGAACGACGAAGAAGAUCCUUCAUCAAGCCCGUAAACAGCAAGCCGAAUUGAAUCUGCUGGAUGAUUCGUUCGGGCCAUCGCUCGCCGAGUCGGCAGCCGCUGCUGCAGGCAGUACGAGAAGACAUCGCCUCGGAGAUCAUGCUUCGUCCGAUGAAUCGGACGAGGAAUACCGGGAGGAAGCGGAUGUGGAUGCGCAGGAUUUUUUCGACGAUAUCAAGAUCAAUGCGGAGGACGAGCGGGCGCUGAACAUGUUUCAAAAUAAGGAUGGAGUGAAAACCCGAACGUUGGCCGAAAUGAUUAUGGAUAAAAUAACGGAGAAGCAAACCGAAAUUCAGACGCAAUUUUCCGAUACCGGUUCCCUGAAGAUGGAGGAGGUUGAUCCCCGUGUACGUGAGAUGUACGAGGGUGUUCGGGACGUUUUAAAACGCUACAGAAGUGGACGCUUUCCAAAGGCAUUUAAAAUCGUUCCGAAGUUGAGAAAUUGGGAGCAGAUUCUAUACAUUACGGAACCGCACAAUUGGAGUGCUGCAGCGAUGUUUCAAGCCACCAGGAUAUUCUCGUCCGGACUGACGCAGUACAUGGCACAAAGAUUCUACAAUCUCGUCCUGCUGCCACGAAUCCGGGACGAUCUGGCCGAGUAUCACAAACUGAACUUCUACCUUUACCGAGCACUGAAGAAGGCUCUGUUCAAGCCGGCUGCGUUUAUGAAGGGCAUCGUUCUACCGCUGUUGGAAUCAGGUGAUUGCACCUUGAGAGAGGCAAUUAUUUUCGGCAGCAUCAUCAGUUCUACAACCAUCCCGGUCCUACACACAUCGGCAUGUCUAUUGAAGAUUUGCGAAAUGGAAUACUCCGGCGCGAAUUCGAUCUUCAUCAGAAUUAUUCUGGAUAAACGAUACGCCCUACCAUACCGAGUGGUGGACGCCGCAGUGUUCCAUUUCCUGAACUUUGAACAGGACAAACGAGAGCUGCCAACGUUGUGGCACAGUGCGUUGCUUACCUUCGCGCAGCGAUAUAAAAAUGACAUCUCUUCCGAGCAGAGGGAUGCCCUGCUGCAGCUGUUGAAGAAAAAGUCGCACUACAAGAUCACACCGGAAAUCCGUCGGGAACUGAUGGUAGCCAGGUGCCGGGACGUGGAAACCGGUGAAAGUCUCGCCCACGAAGCUGACAUGGAGUACAAAGAGGACAUGGACUUCACUCCGAUGGAUGCGGAUGUGGAAGCCGGACCUGCUGGGCCGAGUAGUAGCGGGGCAAAGGGUAAAACUUCCGCAGCUGAUGAAGACAUGGAAAGUGAUGACGAGGACGAUGAGGGAGAUGAUGAUGAACUUUAGAUUCUAGAUUAAAUGAAACGCAUAUUAUUAUGUUUUGUUCAAUACAAUACGUUUCUUUAUUGCUACAUAUUGUAUUUAUGCAAAUACAUCUGAGCUAUGGAUAUAAAAUCUAUAAUUUGUGUUA